AUGAUAUCCGUUGGCGGGAUUGAUCGGACCAACAGCUCAGAUGCUUGGACGGCCCAAGAUCCUUGGUAUAACACCCUCGGAGUCUUUGAUUUGGCCGAAUUGAAAUGGAAGGACGUAUAUGACCCGAAUUUGGGAGACUACAAUACACCAGCCGAGAUCUGGUCAUACUACACAGAUCAAGCGCUCAAGCAGAUCCAGUGGGACAUGACUGAAGUAGCAAACAUGUUCAUGAAACCUUAUUAUGAGAAAAAUCCAAAAGGAUCCCAACCUGGUAAUGACACCACCUCCAACAACACCGACAAAGGGAAGAGUAAACCAGCCGGCGCCAUUGCAGGAGGCGUUGUAGGAGGCGUGGUAGGAGUUGCUGUCAUCUCCGCCCUUGUAUGGUUCUUAUUCCGUCGACGACGUAGUGUUGUGACUGGCAGGGACCAGUCCAACUCGUGGCAAGACUACUCUACUCAACAGGCAAAAGGGCCUGCCUCGACUCCUCCGGCUGACUCGGGCGCGAGCUAUGAGCUUCAUUCUACAACAGUAGUGGCAGAACUUGAGGGUGGCUCGACAAGCCAUGUGCAUUUAAAGCCAAAUUCGCCAGGCUAG